AUGCCCAAAAAACCUUCCUAUUCACCACAUCGUUUGGUGAUCAACGACGUACAAAAAACCUUCGUAUUCACCGCAUCGUUUUGUGCUCAACUUCGUACGAAAAACAUUCCUUUUCACUACAUCGUUCGCUGCUCAACGACACCCAAAAAACCUUCCUAUUCACCACAUCGUUUGGUGAUCAACGACGCCCAAAAAACCUUCCUAUCCACCACAUCGUUUGGUGAUCAACGACGUCCAAAACCUUCCUAUUCACCACAUCGUUUGGUGAUCAACUAUGUCCGAAAACCUUCCCAUUCACUACAUCGUUUGGUGAUCAACGACGUCCAAAAACCUUCCUAUUCACCACAUCGUUUGGGGAUCAACGACGUCCAAAAACCUUCCUAUUCACUACAUCCUCUGGUGAUGAACGACGCCCAAAAAACUUUCCUAUUCACCACAUCGUUUGGUGAUCAACGACGCCCCAAAAUCCUUCAUAUUCACUACAUCGUUUGGUGA